AUGUCUGUAUCGCAGCUCUUACGCAUCUGGUGGGCCUUUGAUCCGCCCAAGGUCGAGAAGAGUAAAGAUGCCCUCAAGUUUGGUAUUCUGGGAGCGGCAAAUUCAGCUGGUAUGACCUUGACCAUUCCCGCCAAAAUGCAUCCCGAAGUGGUGCUUUACGCCGUGGCUGCUCGUGACCGAAAGCGAGCGGAGGAGUUCGCCAAGAAGAAUGAUAUUCCCGUCGUUAUGGACACUUACCAGGAACUUCUCGACGACCCUAAUGUGGAUGUCAUUCUCGUGCCUCUGCCCAAUGCCCUGCACUUUGAAUGGGCUGUCAAGGCCAUCAAAGCCGGCAAGCAUGUUCUUCUUGAGAAGCCGUCCGUAUCUAACGCCAGGGAAGCCGAGGUUCUUUUCAACCUGCCGGAGCUUGACCAACCCAACGCACCGGUCCUGCUCGAAGCUUUCCACUAUCGUUUCCACCCCAUCUGGUCCAUCUUCCGCUCAUUGAUCACUCCUGCCGAUGUGGUUCAUGUCGAUACUUAUUCAAUGAUUCCCUGGUGGAUGGUCACCAAAGACCACAUCCACUUCAAGCACCACCUUGCGGGUGGUACUAUGAUGGGAAUGGGAACGUACAACUUCGCCGCCCUGCGUCUUAUCUUUGACGACGAGCCCGUUGAGUGCUUCUCCGUCGACACCAAAGCUUUCACCGAAGGUGUCCACCAUGACUGCGACUAUGAAUUCAAGGCCAAGUUUCGCUUCCCGAACGGCGGAAUCGGCGAGGCAUACAGCACCCUCCAGGGCCCCACUUUCUGGCACCCAUCCUACGCGACGGUUACCCAUAAGAAGGUUGAGGCUCCGGAUGCCAGUCUCCCUCCUUCCCAGCAGAAGUUCGUCACUCGUGAAGUGACCAUCAAUGGAUGGUGUCACGCUAUCUUCUGGCAUCGAGUUGAUGUCACGGAAACCUUUGAGAUCCGGGACAAGGCUGAUGGCAAACUAAUCAAGAAGUGGACGGAGAAGCGAUCGCAGAAGGCCUACAAGCCCCGUGACGCUACUGGCGAGAUUUCCAAGCUUGAUGGCGAGGAUCACUGGAUGUCGUUCCGGUACCAGCUGGAACAGUUUGUGAACCGAAUUAAGGGUCGCCCCACUCAGUACUGGAUUGAGAGGGAGGAUUCGAUCAAGCAGAUGAGGAUGCUUGAUAUGGCAUAUGAGAAGAGUGGACUCGGAUUGAGGCCUACUUCCAAGUACAUUGAUCAUGUCAACUAG